AUGCAGUCUGGAAUUUCAGCAUCGCAGGAGUUGCAGGACGCCUUCAAUCGAUUCGUCUCAGCCUCGAACCAGCGUGCACUGUUUGCGACAAUCGAAAACGAAAGUCUCGUUCCGGGCGCAGUAAUCCCUCUACAGGCUGCCCACUUCACUGGAGAUCUUCCCCAGCUUCAGCCAUAUGUGUCGCCUACGCAGGCCGCGUAUAUUCUCCUGAAGGUUGAACCGUCAGCACCCGAUGGCUACAUUGCAAUCACCUUCGUGCCAAAUGCAGCUCCAGUGCGGCAAAAGAUGCUCUUCGCGUCUACACGCUUGACAUUGGCUCGAGAGCUUGGUAUAGAGCGAUUUCGAUCGACAAUUUUCGCCACGGAGGCGGAAGAGCUGACCGCCGAAGGGUGGGCGAAACAUGAAAAGCAUGAAGCCUUGCCCGCACCCAUGACGACGGAGGAAGCAGGGCUGGCGAGCGUGAAAGAGGCAGAGGCCCGGGAAUCCCAAGGCACUAGCACGCGUCGUGGUCAUGUGAACAGCACGGUCAAUGUACCGACAGGCGACGGCGUUCUCGAAGCUCUGCAGAGUCUCAAAGAGGAGGGAUGCAGGGGAACUCUGGUGCAAUUGAAGUAUCAAUUGCCGAAUGAGACAUUGGCUUUGGACUCCUCCAUGGAUAAUGUUUCCCCGGACAUGGUGGGGAAAUUGAUUUCGCCCUCCGAGCCGCGGUACUCCUUUUAUUCACUGCCCAAUGCGCCGACGACACAAAUCAUCUUCAUCUAUACCUGCCCGACCCAGUCAAAGAUCAAGGAGCGAAUGAUAUACAGCACGAGCAAGAGCUGGACGCGCAUUGUUGCCGAGCGAGAUGCGGGCGUUGCUAUCGCCAAGUCAUUAGAGGCGACUGAACCUUCUGAAAUCGGCGCUGAGCUGUUUGGUGACGUAGUUGCUGCCGAGCCGAGCGCGGCGGAGCCUGUGCCAAGCACGGGCUUUUCGAGACCGAAGAGACCCGGUCGUCGUUGA